AUGUACGCGGCCGCCCGCGCCCCGGCCACCAGCGUGAGCGCCGACUGCUGCAUCCCCGCCGGCCUGCGCCUCGGCCCGGUGCCCGGGACCUUCAAGCUCGGCAAGUACCUGUCAGACCGCAGGGAGCCCGGGCCCAAGAAAAAGGUACGCAUGGUGAGAGGGGAGCUGGUGGACGAGUCGGGGGGCUCCCCUCUGGAGUGGAUAGGCCUAAUCCGCGCAGCCAGGAACUCCCAGGAACAGACUCUGGAAGCUAUUGCGGACUUACCUGGAGGACAGAUAUUCUACCGUGCACUCCGAGAUGUCCAGCCAGGGGAGGAGCUGACCGUGUGGUAUUCCAACUCCUUGGCUCAGUGGUUCGACAUCCCCAUGACUGCGACCCCAACACAUGAUGAGAAAGGGGAGGAGCGCUACAUCUGCUGGUACUGCUGGAGGGCGUUCCGGUACCCCAACAGCCUCAAGGCGCACCUGCGCUUCCACUGCGCGCUCAGCGGCCGCGCCGCCCCGCAGCCCGACCUCCCCGCGCGCCCGGGCGCCGCCCCCGCCGCGUCCCCGAAGCCCGCGCCCGACCUCCCCGCGGCUGGCGCCCCCCGGCCCCCGCCGCCCCCGGCCCCGGCCCCGGCCUGCGGGGCGCGCGAGGGCAUCAAGCGCGAGGCCUCUUCGGCUCCCACGUCGCACCCGGGCAGGUGGGGCGCGCCCAAGAAGGGCAGAGAUCCGGCGGAGCGCGCCCUGGACGUGAGCGGGGCCGCCCGGGGCCACGGCCCGUCGCUCGGCUUCUACCCCGGGGUGCGCUCGGCUUUCAAGCCCGCCGGCCCGGCCCGGGCGGCGGCGGCCGCGCACGCAGACCCCUACCGGGAGGAGGGCGGCGGCCCGGCCGGGGCGGGGCUGGCCUGGGGGCGGCUGCUGGGGGGCGCGCGGGCGGGCGGGCGCGGGGCGAUCGGGCAGCAGGCGGGCCACCCCCACGCGCACCCGCAUCCCCCGCACCCCCAGCCCAAGUGCCUGCUGGCCGGGGACCCGCCGCCGCCGCCGCCGCCGCCCGGCCUGGCCCUGCGCGGCCUCCCGCUGCUGCCCGGGCCCGCGGGUGGGGCGUCGGCCUUCAAGCACGUGGAGCGCGGCCCGCCCGCCGCCGCCCUGCCCGGAGCGCGCUACGCGCCGCCGCCGCCCGCGCCGGGCCUCCGCCUGGAGCGCUGCGCCCUGCCCGCCCUGCCCGCCCUGCCCGCCUUCCCCGGCGCCGACUGCGGCCACCUGCCCGCCGUCAUGCCGGCCUUCGCGGUGUGCGGCGGAGAGCUGCUGUGCGGCUCCCCGGCCGCCGCCGCCGCCGCCGCCGCCUACUACCCGCUCAGACUGCACCUCGGCGGGCUGCUCAAGUACCCCGAGCCGCUGUCUUAUUUCGGGGGCCCCGCCGCCCCCGCGGCUCUCGGCCCGGCCGAGCUGGGCCCGCUGGCGAGCAUCGACCGGGAGCUCGCCCUGCACGCGCGGCAGCUGUCCGAGGCGGGCAAAGGCCGCGGCCGCCUGGACGUGGUGGCCGCGGGCGGAGCGGGGGGCGCGGCUGCGGGCGCGGCUGCGGGCGCGGCUGCGGGGAAGCCCAAGGCGGGCCACCUGUGUCUGUACUGCGGCAAGCUGUACUCGCGCAAGUACGGGCUCAAGAUCCACAUGCGGACGCACACGGGCUACAAGCCGCUCAAGUGCAAGGUGUGCCUGCGGCCCUUCGGAGACCCCAGCAACCUCAACAAGCACGUCCGGCUGCACGCCGAGGGCCACACGCCCUACCGCUGCGAGCACUGCGGCAAGGUGCUGGUGCGCCGCCGCGACCUGGAGCGCCACGUCAAGUCCCGCCACCCCGGGCACGGCCCGCUCGCCGCGGCCAAGGCGGACGACGCGCCGGGGGCCCCGGCCGGCCAGCCCCAGAGCGACCACGACAGCGACGUGGACGUCUGCUUCACCGAGGACCACGGCGACCCGGAGGCCGGCGCGGGCGGCCCGCGGGGCCCGUGA